AUGCGCGGACUCGCAGUGGUCGCUGUCGUCGUUGCCGCGGUCGCCCACGUCGUCGCCGCCGGCAUGGGCGUCUGCUACGACAUCUACGACGCCAACAACAUCGACAAGCACUUCCGCACCAUCAAAACGCGCUUCUCGGCCGUCCGCACGUACCAGACGUCGCUCUGGACGCCGCGCAACGUAAUUGACGCCGGCGCCGACAACGGCCUCGCCGUGUACGCUGGCAUUUGGCCCCGCGACGGCAUGGACUUCAACAAGGAGCUCCAGGCUGUCAUCGACGGCCACUACCGCCACCCGGGCACGCUCCAAGCCGUCUUCGUCGGCAACGAAGACCUUAUGAACAACUGGAACCAGUGGGCGAUCCGGGACAAGGUCAACGCCGCGCGCAGCCGUCUCCGCUCGGCGGGCAUCACGGUGCCGGUGGGGUCUGUCCAAACGGACGGCGACUGGCUCAAGAACCGCGACCUCGCCAACGCGUGCGACGUCCUCGGUGUCAACAUCUACGCGUUCUUUGGCGGGUCGCCCGUCUCGUGGACGAAUCCGAUCGCGGAUUUGGACGCGCGCUGGAAGGCGAUGACGCAGACCUUUGGUGGCAACAAGGUCAUGCUCACGGAAACCGGGUGGCCCCACGGCGGCGGCAACAACGGCAACCACGUCUCGAACCGGGCAAACGCAAUCGACUACUUCAACAAGGUCCAGGCAUGGGUCGGCGCGGGCAACGGCGGCGCGGCGCCCAUGUACUUUAUGUUCCACGACAACUGGCGCAAGCACGGGUUUGAAGGGCAGUUUGGUCUUGCCGACGCCAACAGCAACUGGAAGUUCGACUUUGGCCCUGCCCCGAUUGUCGACGACGACCAGCGCUUGAGCUCGCCGUUCCAGCUCGUGACGAGCCGCCACAAGGCGCUCCGCGAGUACUACGGCGCGGCGGUGGCCAAGGACAACAACCAAGACGUGUUUACGCUCUGGUCGUACGACCGGUCGGCGCAAACGCUGCGGAACCUCGGCGCGAAUCUGUGCCUCGACGCGUACUAUGAUAGCAAGGGUAGCCCGCGCGUGCACUUGUACACGUGCGACGGCAAGAACGCGAAUCAAAAGUGGCGCGUCGUCGACAACAAGGUCAUCCACGCUCGGUUCUCCAACCUCUGCUUGGACGCCGACCCGAGUGACCCGACCGAAGCCGUCCAAGUCUACGCGUGCGUUGGCAACAACGACAACCAGGUCUUCCGCGUCUCGGACGCGCUGCAACACGUGCGCCUCCAGUCCCAAGCGUUCAACCGCGCGCUCGGUGUGGGCGAAAACGACCACGUGCUUUUUCUCGAGGGGCCGAGCCCGAGUGCGCUCUGGACGUUCGAUGCCAAGUCGAAGAUUGUUAAAAGCGAAGCCAACGGCAGGUGCUUGGACGCGUGGGAGGCCAAGAACGACGCAGUCGUGCACUCGUGGGACUGCGACGGCAACAACGCCAACCAAAAGUGGUCGUACGACGCCAGCACCAAGCAGCUCCGCCACGCGACGCACAACGGCUUUUGCCUCGACAUGGGCUCGGACAACGGUGACCACCCGCACUUGUGGCAGUGCCAUGAUGCGAGCGCGGUCUGGGCCAAGUACCAGCAGUUCGAGUUCCAAGUCUAACGUAUGUAGUACUACGCAAUCUUGAAGUCUUUUCACACCCGAAUUCUAUGCCCUUCAAC